GAUACGAGUACCCCAUCUGCUUUGACAAGACGAUCAAGAAUAUAUUUUCAGCAGCAAAAAUCUAUCUUUUUCCACACCAUUAAAGCCUCGGAGGUAUACACGAGGAGCAACUGAAUUAUCUAAACUAUUUACACAGAAUUGAAAAUCAUCAUGACGGACGAGAUUCCCAAUCCAGUGGAACCUGAAAAGUCUUUAAAACGGCCAUUGGAUGGAGAACAAUUGGAGGAAGCACAUCCACCACAACCAAUAUUACUAGAAGAUUCAGCAGUCACAAAGGCAGAGAAAGUGGAGAGAAACGGCGCGAAUGGGAAUUCUGUGAGCAAUGAAGAGCCGGUUGCGAAAAGGAUCAAGACUGAAGAGCAAAAUCGCAAUUCUACCGCGACAGAUUCUCGUGACAGGGUCAGAGGCAUAGCUCCUAUAAAAGCCGAGUAAGUCAAUUACAUGUCUUUUUCGUAGUUUGAAAAUCAAGCCCGAGUAAAUCCUCUAGCCUGUGGCCACUAAGUUAUUCUAGGUACUUGCUUCAUCCAACCGGGAGUCGAUCGGCCACAGAUGGUCGCAAUCCCGCGGCGAACGACGAUGCGGCAGAAGAAAAACCUCGCGGUGACAAUCGGGACAAUGGAGGCAAGAAGAAGAAGAAGGAGAAGGGCCAAAAUAAAGAUCGUCAAUUUGGAUCCUGGGGUGACAAAAUAAAGUUAUGCAAUAGCGCGUCAAAUUCGCCAGAGUUCUCGCCGAAAGAAUGCAGUUUUGGAGAAAGCUGCAAAUGUGAACAUGAUCUUAGGAAAUACUUGGCCGAAGGGAAGAGAGAAGACUUGACUACAUUCAAUUCAAAGUGUCCAGUUUGGGAAGAUAAUGGCACAUGUCUGGCUGGUUGGAAGUGUCGUUUCGUAGGAAGUCAUUCCAAGGAGGUGAAAAGGGAGGAUGGUCGAAUGGAAUUGGUUCUCAUAGAAGAUUUAGAUCGUGUGCGUAUCACGGCAGCUGGUGAUGAAGAGACUCUCGGGGGUGUCGUGAAUGUUGUUAGCACUAAGGAUAAGCUUGAUCUCGCUCGGAGGAGAACACAAAUGGAGAAAUCUGAUCUCUAUACAAAUUGGUUGGAUAAAAAUUCGGAGGAAGUUAAUAGGCAAAGCAACCUGAAGAAGGAUCAGAAAAAUGAUCAGACUCAGGAAGAAAAGGAAGAGAAUCGUGCGCGAUAUGUGGAGCCACCAUUUCUCCCUUCUGAGAAGCGACGAAUUUACUUUGGACCCGAGACGCCUGUUCUCGCUCCCCUCACUACUCAAGGCAACCUUCCAUUUCGUCGACUCUGUGUGGAACUUGGGGCGCAGCUUACUUACUCGGAAAUGGCAAUGACGAUACCUCUGUUUCAAGGCCAAAAAUCUGAGUGGGCAUUAAUGAAGGCACAUGAGAGCGAAAUCGCACCACCACGAGUCAAUCCAGAAAGAAGUUCGAUUGUUCAAAACUAUGAUAACUCGAAAGACUUGAAGUUCGGUACCCAGAUUUCGGCCAGCAAACCAUUUCAUGCAAUUAAAGCUGCCGAGAUCCUAAGUCGAUUCGUGCCACAUCUACGAGUCAUUGAUUUGAACUGUGGAUGCCCAAUCGAACUUGUAUAUAGACAAGGAGCUGGUUCAGCUUUGCUUGAUGCACCAUCAAAACUGGAGAAAAUGAUUCGAGGUAUGAAUGUAGUUUCCGGGGAGGUUCCCAUCACAGCCAAGAUCCGAAUGGGAACCAUGACAGGAAAACCUACCGCUCUGAAAACUAUUGAACGCUUAGCAUUUGGUGGUGUUGAAUCACGCGAGAGACUUGGUGCUCCUGGUUGCGCUGCGAUUACUCUUCAUGGCCGUAGCAGACAACAAAGAUACACCAAGAAUGCCGAUUGGAGUUACAUAGCAGAGUGUGCAGCUCUCGUCAAAUCAUACAACCAAAAGAAGGAUGAUUUAACAGACACAAUCAUGGAACCAGAUGCCCGCACAUUACCAAAUGGCCCCGAUGGAAAAUUACAUUUUAUUGGAAAUGGUGAUUGUUAUUCUCACGUUGACUAUCUAGACCAUAUACAAAAUGCAGGCGUAGAUUCCGUCAUGGUAGCACGCGGUGCACUCAUCAAACCCUGGCUCUUUGAAGAAAUCGAAAAGGGACAAACCCUCGACAAAUCUGCAUCAGAACGUCUACAAUACAUCGAGAAGUUCGCACGUUACGGACUCGAGGCUUGGGGAUCAGAUGAGAUGGGCGUGGGCCAAACGAGACGAUUCUUAUUGGAAUGGUUGAGCUUUGCUCAUCGAUACGUUCCGGCUGGAAUCUUGGAACAUUUACCUCCUAGUUUGCAGGACCGCCCCCCGGCUUACAGGGGAAGAAACGAUUUGGAAACUCUGUUGGCUAGUGAUAAUUACUUGGAUUGGAUGAAGAUUUGGUAUGGUUUUACUUCCUCCUUACACGCAAAUUUCUUUUUUCGAAUAAUGACACUAACCAAACCAAUAGUGAAAUGUUCCUCGGUCCCGCACACGAGGGCUUCAAAUUCCAACCUAAACACAAAUCAAACAGCUACGAGAUUGAAGCAGAAGGAUAGUCAAAGUCGUGAGGCGUUCUUGUCUAGUGGGAUGAAAUGUGGAUAUAGAUAUAGAUAUAUAGAUGUAGAUACUAAAAAACAAUCUACAUACCUACCUACCUACAACCAGACGUCAAAUGGCCACAUCAAU